CUUCCAAGAACCUCCCGCACAGUCGCACACUCCUUUAUUUCUAUUUUCUCUCCCCUCUCUCUCUCUCUCUCUCUCUCUCUCACCCUUUAAACUCUGCAAAACAAGAAUCACUGCGACAUUGAAAAAGCCACUCUCAAAAAUUAAAUAACCCAAAAAAUAAAGUCGUAUUUUGUUCUUCUGCUGCACUUUUUCUUCUUCUUUAUUUAUAAUUUACUGUAAUUUCCUCCGCCAUUGAAGACGAAAGCAAAGAAAGAAAGAAAGACUUUUUCUCUGUUCAUCGAUCUUCUCCUCAAAUCCAUGGACAUCACUCUUUGAUUUUUCAUCAAAUUCAGAAAAUUUGAGAGGUUGUUGUAGUUGUUGUUCAUCUCACUGGAAAUCAAAUUCGGUAGUUUCAAGGAAGUGUGAGCUUUUUCGUUGUGGUUGUUGCGAUCAUGGCGGUAGCUGAAAACGGUGUCGCAUCGAACGGAAACCACUACGAAACGACUGAUCUCGACCGAUCAAACGGGAAUCACAUCGAGAAGACUGAGAAAUGCAGCUUGAAGCCUCAGUCUUUGCCGAAAAACGACGUCGUUGUGGUUGUUGAAGCGAAAGACGAUGUUGAUAUUAACGAUAAUAAUAAUACUGAUAAUACUCAUGCUGUUUUGACAAAUUCUGGCAGUAGUGAAAACAGUGGCGUCACUGAUGAUGAUGAUUUUGAUGAUGAUGAUGAUCAUCAAAACAACAUCAAAAUUAACAACAACAACAAUAAUAAAAACGAUAAUAAUUAUCAUGUUAAUCAUCAUCAUCUGACAAAUGGCGGUGAAGAAGGGUUUAAGAAGGAAAUUAGGGAUUUACAGGAGAUGUUAUCCAAGUUAAACCCUAUGGCUAAAGAAUUUGUGCCUCCUUCUAUGGUGAAUUAUGUGAAUAAUAAUAAUAAUGUUAUGUAUAAUAGCAAUUUUGGUUAUGUUAACAAUUUUCUAAUGCCCCCGCCGAAUGCUGCUGCUGGUAAUGUCAAUGGAUUUCCUGGUAGAAGGAGAAGAAAUGGUUUUGGUCAAGGGAAAAGGAGGAUGAACAGCCGUACUAGUAUGGCUCAGAGGGAGGAUGUAAUCCGGAGAACCGUGUAUGUUUCGGACAUUGAUCAACAGAUCACUGAAGAGCGACUUGCAGGGCUUUUUGUCAAUUGUGGACCGGUUGUUGAUUGUCGUGUUUGUGGUGAUCCAAAUUCUAUACUUCGCUUUGCUUUUGUAGAAUUCAUGGAUGAAGAGGGUGCUAAUGCUGCAUUAAGCCUGUCGGGUUCAGUGCUUGGGUUCUAUCCUGUGAGGGUGCUGCCAUCGAAGACUGCUAUUGCCCCAGUUAAUCCUACUUUCUUGCCCAAGUCUGAAGACGAGAGAGAAAUGUGUGCAAGAACUGUUUAUUGCACCAAUAUUGAUAAGAAGGUUACACAAACUGAAGUCAAAAUUUUCUUUGAAACAUAUUGUGGAGAGGUUUAUCGCUUGAGGUUGCUUGGAGACUAUCAUCAUUCAACUCGCAUUGCUUUUGUGGAGUUUGUAAUGGCUGAAAGUGCAAUUGCUGCCCUCAACUUCAGUGGUUCAAAGCUGGGAUCGCUGCUUAUCAGGGUGAGCCCGUCAAAGACUCCAGUUCGCCCUCGUCCUCCUCGCUCACCAUCGCACUGAAUGGGUGGGUCAUUGGGUGGGUUUAUCCGGACCGAGUUGCUGCUCAACGUUAUCUUACAUAUAUAAUACAUAUAUAUAUAGAUACACAGAAUAGUAUGGAAAGGUGGUACUUGUGGCGUCGUUAGUUUUGUCCUUUGUUAUCUUGGGCCCAGUAUCCUGGUUUCUUCUUCAAUUUUAUAGGGAGGGUAUUUUACGUUUCAUUUUCAAGGCUUUGUUCAUUUCGAACUUGUAGUGAGUUUGGAGGCAAUUUCCUGAGGCUCUUCUUUCACGAGUUAUUUUUAUGUUGCACAGCACGGUAUGACUGAAAAACUAUGCCGGAGUUUUGUCUGCGUAAACUUUGCAGAUGUUCUCUCACUUUCUUUAUCCCACAUCAAUUUAUGGGUUCAUUUCUUUGGUUUUUUUUAAA